GCAGCGCCACAGCGAGCGAGCGAGCGAGCGAGAAGGAGUCUGUCUGCAAAGUGCUGCUCCCUGGUGCUCAGAGGCGGCUGCUCCAACUCCCAUUCAUUUCGCCGGUUAACAUGAGAGAUCAUGGCCGCCUUCGGGCUUCUCAGCUAUGAGCGGAGACCGCUGAAGCGCCCCCGGCUCGGGCCGCCCGACGUCUACCCGCAGGACCCCAAGCAAAAGGAGGAUGAACUCACUGCUGUGAAUGUAAAGCAAGGCUUCAACAACCAGCCAGCCUUCAGUGGAGAUGAACAUGGCUCAGCCAGGAAUAUUGUAAUUAACCCGUCAAAGAUUGGAGCGUAUUUCAGCAGCAUAUUAGCUGAGAAACUAAAGCUUAACACUUUCCAAGACACCGGAAAGAAGAAACCACAAGUUAAUGCUAAGGAUAACUAUUGGCUGGUUACUCCUCGGUCCCAGAGUGCAAUUCAUAGCUGGUUCUCUGACUUAGCAGGAAGUAAACCACUUGCCAUCUUGGCAAAAAAGGUUCCCAUCCUUAGUAAAAAAGAAGAUGUUUUUGCAUACUUAGCUAAAUAUUCAGUGCCAAUGGUUCGAGCAACGUGGCUGAUCAAGAUGACGUGUGCCUAUUGUUCUGCCAUCUCUGAAGCUAAAAUCAAGAAGCGCCAGGCUCCCGAUCCCAAUUUGGAGUGGACUCAGAUUUCUACCAGGUAUCUCCGAGAACAGUUGGCCAAGAUUUCCGACUUUUACCACAUGGCCCCCAGUACGAGCGAUGGCCAUGUGCCAAUGCCCCCGGACGUGGAGCAGGCAAUGAAGCAAUGGGAAUACAAUGAGAAGCUGGCGUUUCACAUGUUCCAGGAAGGAAUGCUGGAGAAACAUGAAUACCUGACGUGGAUCCUGGAUGUUUUAGAAAAGACCAGGCCAAUGGACGAUGAGUUCCUUAAGCUCUUGCUGCCAUUGAUGCUGCAGUAUUCAGAUGAGUUUGUACAGUCGGCCUACCUGUCCCGCCGCCUCGCCUACUUCUGUGCCCGGCGUCUCUCCUUGCUGCUCAGCGACAGCCCCAGUCUGCUGGCUGCCCACUCCCCUCACAUGAUGAUUGGACCGAACAGCUCGAGUAUCGGGGCCCCGAGCCCGGGCCCCCCCGGCCCUGGCAUGAGCCCCGUUCAGCUGGCCUUCUCGGAUUAUCUUUCCUGUGCGCAGCAUGGUCCCCUGGUUUAUGGACUUAGUUGUAUGUUGCAGAUUGUCACUCUGUGUUGCCCAAGUGCCUUGGUGUGGAAUUACUCCACGAAUGAAAACAAGAGCGCCAACCCAGGUUCACCCCUGGAUCUGCUACAGGUGGCCCCCUCGAGCCUCCCCAUGCCGGGGGGGAACACAGCCUUCAAUCAGCAGGUUCGGGCAAGGAUUUAUGAGGCAGAGCAGCAGAUUAAACAAAGAGGCCGUGCGGUGGAAGUGCGGUGGUCUUUUGACAAGUGCCAAGAGUCAACAGCAGGGGUGACUAUUAGUCGGGUUUUGCACACACUGGAAGUCUUGGAUCGUCACUGUUUUGACCGGACGGACUCCAGCAAUUCAAUGGAGACACUUUAUCAUAAGAUCUUCUGGGCAAACCAAAGCAAAGAUAGCCAAGAGGUUGCCCCCAACGACGAGGCUGUGGUGACGCUGCUGUGUGAGUGGGCUGUGAGCUGCAAGCGCUCAGGCAAACACAGGGCCAUGGCAGUGGCCAAACUCCUGGAGAAGAGGCAAGCCGAAAUUGAGGCCGAGAGAUGUGGAGACUCUGAAGUCCUAGAUGAAAAGGAAUCCAUUUCUUCAGCCUCUCUUGCUGGUUCUAGUUUGCCUGUUUUCCAGAAUGUUCUCCUUAGGUUUUUGGAUACACAGGCACCCUCGUUGUCCGAUCCCAACAGUGAAUGUGAAAAGGUGGAGUUUGUGAACCUGGUGCUGCUCUUCUGUGAGUUCAUCCGCCACGACGUCUUCUCCCACGACGCGUAUAUGUGCACACUCAUCUCGCGGGGAGACCUGUCCGUCAGCGCCUCCACCCGGCCACGGUCACCCGCGGGGGAAAAUGUGGAUGAACACUACACGAAGGACCAUGAUGUGAAAAUGGAGGAACAGAGUAUCAUGGCGCACAUGGGCCUUGACUCAGGAACCACUAACAUUUUUGAUGAAGUAGACAAGAAUGACUUUAAAACUGACUUUGGUUCGGAAUUUCCAAUCUUUUCUCCGAUGCCUGGAGACACCUGUGAGAAUGCUAACCCUUCCCUGGGCAGAAGAAUGUCAGUUAACGGUGACAAGUUGGCGAAGAGGGAAAAACCGAGGGAAUUAAUCUUUCCAUCUAAUUAUGACCUCCUGCGUCACCUGCAGUAUGCAACACAUUUUCCUAUACCUCUGGAUGAAUCUUCAAGUCAUGAAUGUAACCAGCGCACAAUCCUCCUCUAUGGGGUCGGCAAAGAGCGUGAUGAAGCAAGGCAUCAGCUGAAGAAGAUUACCAAAGAUAUCCUGAAAAUCCUCAAUAAGAAGAGCACCACGGAGACGGGGGGUGGGGAUGAAGGACAAAAAGCCAGGAAGAACAGGCAAGAAGCUUUUCCAACACUGGAGACUGUGUUCACAAAACUCCAACUCCUCUCAUACUUCGACCAGCAUCAGGUCACGACUCAGAUCUCUAACAAUGUGCUAGAACAAAUUACAAGCUUUGCAUCGGGGACGUCUUACCAUCUCCCCUUGGCUCACCAUAUUCAACUCAUCUUUGAUCUCAUGGAGCCAGCACUGAACAUCAAUGGGCUCAUUGAUUUUGCAAUACAGUUGCUAAAUGAACUGAGUGUUGUGGAAGCCGAGCUGCUCCUCAAGUCCUCCAGCCUGGCAGGCAACUACACCACGGGUCUGUGCGUCUGCAUCGUGGCCGUUCUCAGGCGGUACCACAGUUGUCUGAUCCUGAACCCCGACCAGACGGCCCAGGUGUUUGAAGGGUUGUGUGGUGUGGUGAAACAUGUUGUGAAUCCCUCAGAAUGUUCUUCCCCUGAGAGAUGCAUCCUAGCCUACCUCUAUGAUCUCUAUGUGUCCUGCAGUCACCUCAGAAGCAAAUUCGGAGACCUCUUCAGUAGUGCCUGUUCAAAAGUAAAGCAGACCAUAUAUACGAACGUGGUACCUGCAAACUCUAACUUGCGAUGGGAUCCAAAUUUCAUGAUGACUUUUAUUGAGAAUCCCUCAGCGCGCAGCAUCAACUACUCAAUGCUAGGCAAGAUCCUUAGCAACAACGCGGCCAACCGCUACAGCUUUGUCUGCAAUACACUCAUGAAUGUAUGUAUGGGCCAUCAGGAUGCUGGAAGGAUCAACGACAUAGCCAAUUUCUCCUCGGAGCUGACGGCCUGCUGCACGGUGCUCAGCUCGGAGUGGCUGGGAGUCCUGAAGGCUCUCUGUUGCUCGUCAAAUCACGUGUGGGGGUUCAAUGAUGUGCUGUGCACCGUGGAUGUGAGUGACCUUUCAUUCCAUGAUUCAUUAGCUACUUUCAUUGCUAUUCUGAUAGCACGACAGUGUUUUUCCCUCGAGGACGUCGUGCAGCACGUCGCACUCCCCUCUCUCCUGGCCGCAGCCUGUGGGGAUGCAGAUGCUGAGCCCGGGGCGAGGAUGACCUGUCGACUCCUGCUCCACCUCUUCCAGACUCCCCAGGCCUACUUCCUCCCUCAGUCCGCAGGCAAACCUUUUCCCGGAAUAAGGUCAUCCUGUGAUAGACACCUCUUAGCCGCUGCUCAUAAUAGCAUCGAAGUGGGAGCCGUGUUUGCUGUGUUAAAAGCAAUUAUGAUGCUUGGCGAUGCCAAAAUUGGCAGUAACAAUGUCAGCUCCUUAAAGAAUGAUGACUUCAACAUACGGGGUUUGCGUCGGGAUGGCAAUGCUGAUGACAUCUGGCCUGCCUCACAGAAUUCCAAAUCCUGCGGGAAAAGCAUUUCCAUAGAAACUGCCAACUUAAGAGAAUAUGCUAGAUAUGUUCUGAGGACAAUCUGUCAACAGGAAUGGGUGGGAGAACAUUGCUUGAAAGAACCUGAGAGACUAUGCACGGACAAAGAACUUAUACUGGACCCCGUGCUUUCCAACGUGCAAGCACAGAAAUUACUGCAGCUGAUCUGCUAUCCUCAUGGCAUCAAAGAGUGUGCCGAGGGGGACAACCUGCAAAGACAACACAUCAAGCGCAUCCUUCAGAAUCUGGAGCAGUGGACGCUGAGACAGUCCUGGCUGGAGCUUCAGCUGAUGAUCAAACAGUGCCUGAAGGACCCUGGCUCCGGAUCCGUGGCCGAGAUGAACAACCUGCUGGACAACAUCGCAAAGGCCACGAUAGAGGUGUUCCAGCAGUCUGCUGAGCUGAAUAACAACUCUGCCAAUCCCGGCUUGAGCCUCUUCAACCCCAGCAGCAUUGGCAGUGCAGAUACAAGCAGCACGCAUCAGAAUGGAAUCAAGACGUUUCUAAGUUCCUCUGAACGCAGGGGUGUGUGGCUGGUGGCUCCCCUGAUCGCCCGGCUGCCCACCUCUGUGCAAGGAAGAGUGUUGAAAGCUGCUGGGGAAGAAUUGGAGAAGGGGCAGCAUUUGGGCUCUUCUUCGAAAAAGGAAAGAGACCGACAAAAACAGAAAAGCAUGUCCCUUUUGAGCCAACAACCUUUCCUCUCACUGGUACUUACCUGCCUUAAGGGACAAGAUGAACAGCGGGAAGGCCUCUUAACAUCUCUCCAGAACCAAGUUAACCAGAUUUUAAGUAACUGGAGAGAGGAGCGCUACCAGGAUGACGUCAAAGCACGGCAGAUGAUGCACGAAGCGUUACAGUUGCGCCUGAAUUUGGUGGGAGGAAUGUUUGACACGGUGCAGAGGAGCACGCAGUGGACCACAGACUGGGCUCUCCUGCUCCUGCAGAUAAUCACUUCGGGAACUGUUGACAUGCACACCAACAAUGAACUGUUCACAACAGUUCUCGACAUGCUGGGUGUUCUAAUCAAUGGAACCUUAGCCUCUGACUUAUCCAACGUAUCCCCAGGGGGCUCGGAAGAGAACAAGCGUGCAUACAUGAAUUUAGUCAAGAAGCUGCAGAAGGAGCUAGGAGAAAAGCGCUCGGAAAGCAUUGACAAAGUUCGACAGUUGCUCCCUUUGCCGAAGCAGACGUGUGACGUCAUCACGUGUGAACCUAUGGGCUCCUUGAUCGACACAAAGGGAAACAAGAUCGCUGGAUUUGACUCCAUAGACAAAAAACAGGGUCUCCAGGUCUCCACAAAGCAGAAGGUGUCCCCGUGGGACUUGUUUGAGGGUCAGAGGAACCCCGCUCCUCUGUCCUGGGCCUGGUUCGGAACUGUCCGAGCGGACCGGAAGGUGGUCAAGUACGAGGAACAACGUCACCUCCUCUUGUACCACACACACCCCAGGCCCAAGCCCCGAAGCUACUACCUCGAGCCGCUGCCCCUGCCUCCCGAGGAGGAAGAGGAAGAGCCCACAUCUCCAGUUUCUCAGGAACCAGAGAGAAAAUCAGCUGAGCUGUCAGAUCAGGGAAAGACUGCCACAGACGAAGAGAAGAAAACAAAAGGGAGGAAGCGGAAGAGCAAGUCGAGCUCAAGAGUUGAUGAGUAUCCACAGAGCAACAUAUACCGAGUGCCUCCGAAUUACUCUCCGCUUUCCUCCCAAGCGAUGCACCAUCCACCGUCCACCCUGUGGAGCUACAACCUCAUGGGCCAGCCCCAGCAGCCCAGCUUUUUCCUUCAGAACCAGUCUCUCAGUGCAGGUGGCUCCAGGUUGGACCCUGCGGGCUCCUUCGUCCCCUCCAAUACCAAACAGGCUCUGUCCAACAUGCUGCAGAGGCGCUCCGGCGCCGUGAUGCAGCCGCCCUCCCUGCACACCAUCACUUCGCAGCAGCAGCUCCUACAGAUGAAACUCCUGCAGCAGCAACAGCGCCUCCUCAGGCAAGCGCAGACUCGGCCUUUCCAACAGGGCCAGCCCGGGGACCAGGCUGCUCUCUUUGCUGCACAAGCACGGCCCGCCCUUCAACUCCCGCAGUAUCCAGGGCUGCAGCAAACACAGACGCUGCCUCAGGGCUAUACGAUGUAUGGAACACAGAUGACGUUGCAGCAGACCGCACAGCAGCAAGCCAGCAGCAUGGUCCUGUCUCCUGGUUACAACUCCCGGACCUACCCGGCCACACACUCCAACCCCGCACUGAUGGAAAGACUGCGCCAGAUUCAACAGCAACCCAGCGGCUAUGUGCAGCAGCAAGCCUCGCCCUACCUGCAGCCCCUGGCUGGCUCUCAGAGACUGAACCACCAGGCUCUACAGCAGAGCCCUCUGGUGGGCGGAGGAAUGGACGCUGUACUGACCUCCACACACCCUGCCCUUCCCUCAGUACCCCUGCCUCAGGACCCCAUGAGACCCAGGCAGCCACAAGUUCGACAGCAGCAAAGACUCCUCCAGAUGCAGCAGCCCCAGCAAGCCCCACAGCCCCAGCCACCUGCACAGCCCCAGAGCCAGCCCCUGGGACUCCAAGCAAUGCAGCCCCAGCAACCACUGUUCCCCAGGCAAGGCUUGCAGCAGACCCAGCAGCAGCAGCAGACGGCAGCCCUGGUGCGGCAGCUCCAGAAGCAGCUCUCUAGUAAUCAGCCACAGCAAGGAGCAACUCCCUACGGGCAUCCUUCACAUUUCUGAAUGUGGAAGAGGAGAAACAUGAAAUUUUAUGUUUGCACUGAAAAAAAUGGAAAGUCAAAUUUGAUGUAUUAGUCAUUCUUAGAAAUGUCUGUUCUUUUAUGCUACAUCUCACACAAGGUGUCUAGACAAAAGAUGGGAGGGGGAGUUGUCGUUUAGUUUUGUCACACUCAGAUUUAAAGUAGGCUAAGUAAUGGGGGUCGUAUAGGCCUCUGCCAGGAAGAAUGUGGUAGCAGAAAAUUGGUGCUUCUCUUGAAUCCCAUAUUUAUAGAAAGAAGAUGAUGAUGGAUUUAAAUAUUUGUAUGUUCGGUAAUGAUGGUGUUUGUUUCUUCCAAACUUUGCUGGACCAAGCUACUGAUUUGAAAGGCACACUGGAUCUCAAAAGAAGGGUGACUUGUCUGGACUGCAUUGACCUGAGAUGGUGAAGUGGACUUUUAGCUGCAACACUCUAUUUUGAAAUGUUUCAUAUGCACUUUAUCAA